CUAGUAGGCAUGGACCCAGUGAAGGAGAAGGAGGAGCGCCUGCGUGAGGCUGCGUGUGUGGGAGACGAGGACACGCUGUGCAGUCUGUACUAACACUCACUCACUACUGUAACCACCUCCACACUAGUAACCAUGGACCCAGUGAAGGAGAAGGAGGAGCGUCUGCGUGAGGCUGCGUGUGUGGGAGAUGAGGACACGCUCUGCACUCUACUGGCCAGUGGGGUCGGGGUCAACUCUCAGAACCCGGUCAACGGAUGGGGUCCUCUCCACUGGGCAGUCAAACGUGGCCAUAAGAACAUCGUCUCCCGUCUGCUGACCGCUGGAGCUGACCCCGCACUACAGACCAGCCAGGGGCAGGUACCAGCACAGCUGACCGACUCAGGGGACAUCAGGAGUCUGUUGGGAGCAUCACCUGACGAGUCCCCUCCCAAAAUAGAGCCUCUGCCCAUCACACCAAACUACAUGGCCAACCCACCCUUCCCUUACGUCAAACAGGAGCAGGGACCCCUGUCUGCAGUAAACGGUACUGCAGCUGGGCACAGGACAGCAAUGGAACAGCCACAGUCACAUGCCCCAGUGAGGCAGUAUUACGCACCACCUUUAGAUCAAGAACUGGUUCUGAAGGUGAGAGUAGCCAACCCCAUGCAAAUGGAGAACGACUUUAUCGAGGUUGAGAUGGACCGGUCCAAGCUGACCUUUCGCGACCUGCUGGCGACCUGCUGCCGGGAGCUCCAGGUGCAGCCGGAGAAGGUGCAGAAAGUCCGCAAGCUGCCCAACACCAUGCUCAGGAAGGACAAGGAUGUGACCAGACUGCAUGACUUCCAGGAGAUCGAGCUUGUCCUAAAGACGACCAACAAACCGGUCAACCCGCAGUACGUCAUCAGUCCCUCCACAGACGGACCAGCGUCCUUUGUGUACUAGCAAGGGACUUUUGACCUAAGCAAGGGACCUUUGACCUAAGCAAGGGUCCUUUGACCUAAACAAGGGACCUUUGACCUAAGCAAGGGACCUAUGACCUAAACAAGGGACCUAUGAC